AUGCCAGACGGACGCCCACGCGUUGACUAUGACCCGGCUGAAGUGGAGUUCACUGUGCGCGUUCUUGGCGACGCGAAUGAGCGCGUUGUGUAUCUCUUGGGAAGCGCAAUGGAGAUCGGUGCUUGGGACAUCGAAAAAGCUGUGCCUAUGGAAUUGAAAGAGCAACAAGAUAAUGAGAGCAAGUGGAAUUUAAACGUCAAGUUUGCAUCGACAACCAGUACAAUUGAGUAUAAAUAUGUGGUGAAGCAUUCGAAGACACACGAAUUGCUGUUGUGGGAGGGAUUACCUGGCAACCGGACACUUACAAUCGCUUCUGGUAUUAAUGUUGCGCUAGGAGCCCCUUCGACUCAAAGCUCGACAUUUACGACAACGAGUGCACCAGUUCCAGGACCUCGUGACGCGAAAUUAGGCAAUAACGGCAAAACCAAUGGUUUUCAGGAGUGGCGCUGCUGCCGUACCAAGAAAGAGUCUAAUCCGUGGUGGGAAGUGGAUUUGGGCCACAAUUACGUCAUCUCUAGCAUCCAUUUGUGGAAUGCAAUGACGUAUCAUGAACAGGCAAGACAUUUAGAGGGCCGUCCACCACUAACAUCAUGCACCUCUACAUCGUUCUCAGCACCUCCUCUUUGGAUCUUUGUUUCGAAGGAGCCGUUAGGACGUGGAGAAGAUUCUUUUGAAGAUGCACAAAGCAAGAUUGCAGCCGGUUCUUCCUCUGUACGCGCUAUACAAAUGCCUUGCUCGUAUGACAGCCGCGUUCGAUCGCUCAAUUUCGUUAUAGACGCGCAGAGUGUAGAAAAGACUCCGAAUGAAAUGGACUGUUCUUCUAGUUCGGCAGCAACGCCUUUACCUCCUGUCGAAGGCCGCUACGUGCGACUGCAGCACGUAGGAACUUCUUGUGCUCUUCAAUUUGCUGAGCUUGAAGUCUUUUCGCAGGAUGCUGAGGUGACACUGGACGAGGAAAGACAAGCAAGAUGCGCAACUCGCCGCCACAUAGAUGAUGGAUUCUUUGGUAUCUCGAAAGCUUUGGAUGCUGAUUCCCGGGAAUAUAUAGAUAGUGGCUGGCUAAAUCCCGAUGGUGGAUUGGCGGAGUUACAGAUCUGGACCGGUAGCUUUAAUGCAACUAGGCCGGCUAUUCAGUGGCUGGAAGAUAGAGUUGGCUCAGGGCGUGUGACCGUUGUAAUGCGUCAUGAGAAACAAAUAACGAGGAGCAACGGGACAGAUCAGAACGAAAUCAAGUGUCAGUCGAAGAAGCAGCCUUUACUUUGUGAAUGGGAGCCACUUCCGGUUGAGACUACGAGUGCACAUUUGCUUGACAAAGAUUCGACAGAUCUGCGUCAGCUUUUGACAGCACAUCAGGAGCUGGGUGGAUCUGGCCUUUUGGCUUAUCUGAACAAUGAUUCGAUGUUGUCACCUCCGCCAGAAGCUUCGUCAAAAUCGUCGUGGCUAUCAAGAUUGGCAUUAGCUCAAUCGCCAGAGAUAUCCAGCAUAAAGGCCCUAGCUGACAAGACAAUCACGCACAAGUACAACAAGGGCGACGAUAUAUUGCAGUACUCAGAGCAAAAACAUGCUGUAUUUUACAUUGAUUCAGGCCACGUAGAGCUUAUUGGUCCGCAAUCAUCAACGGGAUCAAAUAGAAUUGGAGUAAUUCAACGUGACUCUAUCUUCAAUGAACUGGGACUCAUGGGAUAUUGGUCGAGACAACCAACGUUGUUCCGGGCCAAAGACGAUGUGACAUGUCAAGUGCUGGAUCUAGACGCACUUGUUGAAGCUCUAGGGGAGACUAAGGUGGCUAUCAUUCGUGAUGAGUACAUUCGAAGGACGUUCAAGUUGAAGGAUUUGUCUGAGGACAACAAAGUACAUUAUACAGACGAUACACAUGUUCAGGUGUUCCGUGUUAAGGUGCCUGUGCCUGUUGUAAAUGACCAUGCGAACAAUAUUGCCGAACUUACACAUCGCUGGACGUUUGAGUUCUACAAUUUCGAAAAAAAAGCGAGUUCUGAAGCUUACCCUGACGAUAAACUUUUAGGCUCAGCGUACCUUCUUCCGUCGCAACUUAAUAGCCAAGGCGAAGCAGAAUUAACAAUUCCAAUCUUUUCCUCCGAGUUGGGCAUCGUCGGUCAGUUUACGCUGUCAUACUUGACCUUGAUUCCUUUUGUUCAUCCCAAAAACAAUAUCGCAAAUGUGUGGCGCUCAUACUGGCGUGAACGACCGCCGCUUACAAUUGGGCACCGUGGUAUGGGCCGAUCGUACUAUCAAGUGAAUGGACACCGUCUUGCGCUGACGCGAGAAAACACUCUGGCUUCGCUGAUUCUGGCUGGACGCAGUGGUGCUGAUUUCGUUGAGUUUGAUGUUCAGUUGACAAAAGACCGAGUUCCUGUAAUUUACCACGAUUUUCUUGUUCACGUUGGUUUGGAAGACAAGAAUGCCGGAUCGUUUGGCACGAAAUCCGAGACUUACGAAAUUGGUAUACACGACAUGUCCUUUCGACAACUCACGCAGUCUUUCACGACUCCAGUGCCCCAUCACGGAAGCGAAGGCAAACUAUUGCAAAAACGAGUGAAAAAGCAUUGGGCACGUUUACAAGGGGACAAGAAAAUUUCUUCUCCAAGACGCGGCCCUUUUACGAGUGAUGACAGCGCUAGCGACGACGACCAUCUCGUAGAAUUCUUUCCUCGUUUGGCAGAUUUGCUAAAGCAUGUGCCUGUGGAGAUUGGUCUCAAUAUCGAAGUCAAGUACCCGGACCCUUUUUUUCACGCGACGAUGCGAAGUUUGAGCUGUUUUGCUAUUAAUGGAUAUGUUGAUAAGAUCCUUCAGUGCGUCUUUGACUUUGCUGGCUCACGUCGAAUCUUUUUUUCAUGCUUCGAUCCGAAUGUCUGCAUUGCACUUCGCGCAAAACAGGCCAAGUAUCCUGUGCUGUUUCUAACGUAUGGCACACUGGAACCACACGAAGUUGAUGCGCGGAUAACACUUCAGUUUGCAAUCAACUUCGCUAAGAUGGAAAAGCUACAGGGUAUUGUAUCCAACUCCAAAGCGUUCAUCGAUACGCCGGAGCUUGCACCGCUUGUUAAGAAAACGUUGGGCACUGUGCUUAUCACGUGGGGUGAUAUGAAUACAAACCACGAAAUGGUCCAAUUGCAGAAGCGUUAUGCAAUUGACGGUGUCAUUAGCGACAAUGUCAUCGAUCUUUUAAAUCAAGACAAGAAGUUGUUGGCGAUGGCUCAGUAA